AUGAAAGUAGCUAGACUUAACGAGACGUUUCCACAAGCCGAACUGCGAAGGCUUAAACAAGCAGAGCGUGAGGCAGCUCAAAGAGCUGCUGAGACACCAGAGCAGUCCCAAGAUAGACGUCGACAGCAUGCUGAGUAUCUAGCAUCUCAACGGGCUGCAGAGACACCCGAACAGUCUCAAGCUCGACGUCAACAGAACGCUGAAUAUCUGGCAUCUCAACGGGCUUCUGAGACACCCGAACAGUCCCAGGAUCGACGUCGACAGCAUGCUGAGUAUCUAGCAUCUCAACGGGCUGCGGAGACACCCGAACAGUCUCAAGCUCGACGUCAACAGAACGCUGAAUAUCUGGCAUCUCAACGGGCUUCUGAGACACCCGAACAGUCUCAAGCUCGGCGUCUUCAGCAAGCGACUUACAUAGGGUCCCAAAGAGCUACUGAAACUGUUGAAGCUGCUGAAGCUCGCAGACGCGCUGUUGCUGAAAGGGCACAACAGCGACGAUUAAUAUUUACAAGAAACGCGUGGGGAGUAUUCGAUAAAGCUGCAUUUGAGUACGAUGAAACUUUUGAUUACGAAAGCCACAAGCUUAUAAAAAUAGAAGCGAUGAAUAAAGAAUGCAGAUUUUGCGGUGCUCUUAAAUGGAAAGAGGAAGCUGCAGGAUUUUGCCCGACUUUUACAAUCCAAGGGCAAAUAUACCACACAAUUGGCUCUUUGCUUCCUGCUGCUAAUACGCAACCAAAAUUUUUGCAAGUUUAUUUCAUGGGUGAUGAGGAAGCACAAGUUGAUAGGCGUUCUGAGUACGUACCAGGUGUGGAAAGAAACACAGUUCAAAAGAUACAAAAAGUUCUACAUGAUCACAACGUUUUAGUGCAUGAAUUUAAAAUGGCUAAAGAUAGAGUGACUAGCGAUAAUUACAAGGUCGUGAUACACCCAGAUCGUGUACCACGUGGUGAACACGAAAGACGAUUCAAUGCCCCGACCACAAACGAAAUAGCUGCCGUAGUAGUUAGUACUGAACAAACUGCGUCUCGGGACAUUGUUAUUCAGGCGCACGAUGGCCGGCUUACUAGAGUUCCGGACACUCAUAGAUUUUAUGAUGCUCUCGAGUACCCGAUAAUUUUUUGGAAAGGACAAGAGGGGUACAGUUUUGAUAUUCCUCAGACAAACCCAGUUACAAAACAGCCUAUACCGAACAAAAAAGUGUCGUGCAAAGACUUUUAUGCAUAUCAUAUGAUGGUACGUCGCAACAAUUUUAAUUUAUUGCUUCGAUGUAGGCUUCUCUUGCUUCAGUUUUUGGUGGACAUGUAUGUCAAAGUGGAGAGUGAGCGCUUAAGGUUUAUUGCUUUAAACCAAACAAAACUGCGAGCAGAAAACUAUAUACAUUUACAAGACGCGGUCAGGAAUGAUGCGGAUUUAGAUCCAAACAAUUUGGGUCAAUUGGUAAUACUCCCAUCGUCAUUUGUAAAUAGCCCGAGAUAUCUUCAUGAGUACACGCAGGAUGCGUUCACAUACGUGCGUAACUACGGGAGGCCUGAUCUGUUUAUUACAAUGACAUGUAAUCCCGCUUGGCCAGAAAUUACUAAAGAGCUCAUUCCAGGUCAAAAUGCAACAGACAGACAUGACUUAACAGCCAGGUUAUUUAAAAUAAAAGUACAAAAAUUGGUUGCUCUACUUACAAAAGGUAAAAUAUUUGGAGAUAUGAAGUGUUUCAUGUACUCGAUCGAGUGGCAAAAAAGAGUUCUGCCUCACGUGCACUUACUGCUGUGGUUGACGGAAAAAUUACGCCCCAAUCAAAUUGAUGAAGUCAUAAGUGCGGAGAUACCAAAUCCAGAAAGUCAUCGAAAACUCUACGAUACUGUAACCAAAAAUAUGAUUCACGGUCCCUGUGGUGCACUAAAUCCGUCAUCACCAUGCAUGAAAGAAGGAAAAUGCACCAAAAAGUAUCCAAGGGCGCUUUUGAAAGAUACUCAAACUAACGACAAAGGCUAUCCUUUGUACAGGCGUAGAACACCAGGAGAUGGCGGCCGCAGCGACCAGGCUAUUUUUAACAUUCGACAGCAAGGGAAUGUUAAUAUUGACCCGAGAGAUGAGGUGCAAACGUAUCGAGCCGGUAGAUAUGUUAGUAGUAACGAAGCAGCGUGGCGGAUCUUGGGUCUGCCUCUGCAUGAAAGACACCCAACAGUCACUCACCUUGCGGUUCAUCUGCCUAAUGGUCAGCGGAUUUACUUCACUGAAAACAAUUUUAGAGAGAGAAUGGCCGCACCACCUAAGACGACACUAACUGCAUUUUUCCUGCUUUGCCAAAAUGACGCAUUUGCAAAAACAUUACUUUAUGUUGACGUACCCCGCUACUAUACAUGGAACGUGUCGUCGAAAGAAUGGAAACGUCGUUUACAAGGCACACCUGUCGACGGCUGGCCAGGUGUGAAGGCAGGAGAUGCUCUUGGGCGCAUUUACACAGUGCAUGUUAGUAACUUCGAAUGUUACUGUUUGCGAAUGCUGCUGAAUGUAGUACAGGACCCCACUAGCUUUUUGGAUCUAAAAACAGUUGACGGCCAAGAACUUGAAACUUUUCGACAAGCGUGUGAGAAGUUGGGGUUGUUGGAAGAUGACAACCACUGGGAUGCUACAAUAGAAGAGGCAGUGCUGUGUCGCUCUCCUUCGCAAAUAAGAGAACUAUUUGCAAUAUUGAUAUGCACUUGCGGUUUAUCCAAUCCUCUUCAACUAUGGGAUAAGUAUAAAUCUGCAUAA